CUAAUGCAGUCACGAGGCACACACUGUGUUCAUAAUAACUCCGGAGAAGGUUUGGAUUUAAUCGCUUGGUUAACAGAAUCGCUUGAUUUAACCGCUUGGUUAACAGAAGUUUGGAAAAGCAGAGAAAUAGAGUCGAAGAUUUCCGAACCCUGUCAGUCUACAAAAUACAUCAAAUGGCCUAUCAUCUCUGCAUAGACGAGCCAGACACUCCUAGGCCAGCAGAGACCACCGAAGAUGAUGUCCACCUAAUUCAUGUACAAUUCCAUGGCACCGAUCGAAACGACUAUAGAGUUGAGUAUGAAAAGCACAAGAGCACCAUGCUGACAGAAUACCUGAGACAACGUGAUGGGCCUGACUUCCACGAAAAUCUCAUGAAGCUGACUUUUGAUAUCACACCUGUCGAAGAUGCAAAUAAGUUCUGCCGAAGCGUUUUGGAAAGGGGGAUAUUUUGUCGUCGGCGCCCAUACAUCUACCUCGGUCACUCGGAUGAGCAGCUUGCCAAAAAAUCUUGUUACUUUAUUGCGGCAAAACAUGAAGAAAUCCACGACCUCUUGUCAAAGUUUGGAGACUUUUCUGAUGAGAAAAACGUGGCAAAGCGUGCCAGCAAAAUCGCCAUGCUCUUUUCACCAUUGACCGAAACUGUACAAUUGGCUGAAAAUGAUUUCAAAGUCGAACCAGAUGUGACAAAUGGAGUUUUCCCCUCGCACACUUUCACCGAUGGAUGUGGUUUCAUGUCUUUAAGAUUCGCUUCCGAAGUGCAAGAAGUCUUAGGUCUUGAUUACCAGCCUAGCGCCGUCCACGUACGCUAUCGAGGAAUAGAGGGCAUGCUAAUUCUUAAAGAAGAUCUGAGUGGUAUUAAAGUGCAGUUCCACAAAUCAAUGCAAAAGUUCCUGGAUCCUGAUGGAGAAAAGCCUGACGUUUUUAACAUCGUCAAUGUUAUCGGUUAUUCACGCCCAUUCACCAAUGGUUAUCUUAACUCUCGAAUGAUCAUGUUGCUUGAAGAACGUGGUGUUUCUGCCCAGAGUCUUGAGGCCUUACAAGAUGACUACCAUGAGUUGUUGGAAGGCAUAAACAAAGGAACCUCUGACUCUGAGUACUUCCUAAUGUUAAUGGGAGAAAUUUAUCUUUUGCAAGUAAUCCAAGACAACGGAAUUGACGGUCGCACAAAAAGGGAACUUAAGCGUUUACAGAAGCGCGAGCUGGAAGAAAUGGAGAUAGCUACGUACACAAGAGUUCUUGUCCCCAAAUCUCGCGAAGUAUUUGCCGUGUGUGAUCCUCUCAACAAGUUGAACUAUGGUGAGUGCUACUUCAAUCCCACUCUUCCUGGUAACAAGGCACGAGAUUUUACUGCCGGCCAGAAGUUUGUAGUAAUGCGAAGCCAAUGUUAUCAUCCAGGAGAUGUGCGUGUGUUGAAAAUGACUGACAAAAGAAAAGGGUACGAGAAACUGAAGGAUUGUCUGGUGUUGCCCGUCAAAGGCCCACGUCCCCAUGCGUUUGAAUGUUUCGGAGGUGACCUGAGCGGAAAAAAAUUCUUCGUCAGCUGGGAUCAAAGCAUCCUUCCGAGUGGAGAAGAGAAACCAUGCAACUAUUCGCCCUCCAUUAAAGCUAAAAUUUCCCCAGCUGUGGCUCACAUUGUCUCCAAAGUUGCCUCGAAAUUCAAGAGAACCAACCCAAGCAAAGGAGUGGAAGACAGAAAGGAAAUGGAGCUGUAUUUUGCCACAUAUUCUGAUCAAAUAAGCAAAGAGAUCGAACAGGCAUACUUGCAAUGUGCAACGACAUCGAGCCUCUCAUCAAAAGAAUUUCGACAUCUCAGCAAGAUGUUGUACCAAGUUACCAUCCCUGGAGAGGAUCUUCAGGAUUUGCAGGAAGAGCUCAACAGCAUAAAGCCUAAGAUACCCUCAGGAAAGAGCACAGGUCUACCAAUUGACCACGAGCCACAGCAUGCAUAUGAAAAUCCGGAGACAGAGCAUGAGCUAAGCACAAUCAGUGGACCGUCAAGAAGGCAAGUGAGCCUUACCGGAAGUCGGUCUACAAGUUUAGCGGCAAGUUUGGAUUCAUCACUCGACGAAGAGGAUUUCGAGGAGCGGCAGUCACUCAGACACAACACAAUGUCCGCGACGACUGCAUGCGAAGGUAGCGCAGGAGAUUCCUGUCACCGUGGUAUUAAAAUAUGGCAAAAGAUUGACGACAAAGCCAAGGAAUUUGUUCACCGUAUGCAGCGUGAAAUGAGGAAGAUCGUCGUGUAAAUUUCAGGGAGAGUUAAUGACGGCAGUUUUCUACAUCCACUUCAUUGGAGGUGGCUCAUAAGAGCCGUUUACUUGUUAUAGCGACCCAAUCAUAACUACUCUUAACAAUACAUUACCAUACCUUUUUUUCUUGCAAAACUAUUUUUGAGAAAAAAGAAGUUGCGUU